GGCUCGGCGAGUUGCGGGAUUGGGGAGCGACGGGCCGGGCCGGGCCUUCGGGCCCUUGGCGGCGGCGGCGGUAUAAAGCCGGCGACGGGGAGCAUGUAAUGUCGGAAUGCGGAGGCCGCGGCGGCGGCAGCAGCAGCGACGACGCCGAGGACGAGGGUGGCGGUGGCGGCGGCCCCGUGGGCUCCGGCUCCCUCAGCCCGGCCCCGGCUGCCUCCUCGGAGGGCCGGCUCCGCCGCGGGCUGCGCGGCGCCUCCCUCAUGGCGCGCCGGCGGCCCGAGCUGCUCUGCGGGGCCGUGGCGCUCGGCUGCGCGCUGCUCCUCGCACUCAAGUUCACCUGCAGUCGAGCAAAAGAUGUGAUAAUUCCAGCAAAGCCACCUGUCAGCUUUUUCUCCUCGAGGUCUCCGGUUCUUGACCUCUUCCAGGGGCAGCUGGACUACGCAGAGCACAUUCGCCAGGAUUCGGAGGUGGUGCUCCUGUUCUUCUAUGCUCCGUGGUGUGGACAGUCCAUCGCUGCCAGGGCAGAAAUUGAACAAGUAGCGAGUCAGCUUUCAGACCAGGUGUUGUUUGUUGCAGUUAACUGUUGGUGGAAUCAGGGGAAAUGCAGAAAACAGAAACAUUUCUUUUAUUUUCCUGUAAUAUAUCUGUAUCAUCGGAGUUUUGGACCAAUCGAAUACAAAGGCCCCAUGAGUGCUGUUUACAUUGAGAAGUUUGUCCGCCGGGUGAUGAAACCACUUCUCUACAUCCCAUCUCAAUCAGAAUUACUAGAUUUUCUCUCAAACUAUGAGCCUGGAGUACUCGGGUACUUUGAGUUCAGUGGCUCACCCCAGCCUCCUGGUUAUUUGACCUUCUUCACUUCAGCAUUACAUUCAUUAAAGAAAGAUUACCUAGGAACAGUACGAUUUGGGGUUAUCACAAAUAAACAUCUUGCGAAACUGGUAUCCUUAGUACACUCUGGAAGUGUGUAUUUACAUAGACAUUUCAACACAUCACUUGUCUUUCCCAGGGAGGUCAUCAACUACACAGCUGAGAACAUCUAUAAGUGGGCCUUAGAAAACCGAGAGACGCUCCUUCGAUGGCUGCGGCCACACGGCGGCAAGAGUCUCCUGCUGAACAAUGAACUGAAGAAGGGACCAGCACUUUUUGUAUUUAUACCUUUUAAUCCCUUAGCCGAAAGUCAUCCUUUAAUCGAUGAGAUCACCGAAGUGGCCUUGGAGUACAACAACUGUCACAGGGACCAGGUGGUGGAGCGGCUCCUUCAGCACCUGCGGCGAGUGGAUGCCCCGGUGUUCAAGUCUCUGGCACCUGAGCCCCCAGCCCAGCUGCCAGACCCGCCGCUGAUAACAGAGUCCCCCUGCUGCAACACCGUGGUGCUGCCCCAGUGGCACUCCAUCUCCAGGACCCACAACGUGUGUGAACUGUGUGUCAACCAGACCGCCGGCGGCCUCAGGCCAAGCUCGGUCAGCAUGCCCCAGUGCAGCUUUUUCGAGAUGGCAGCAGCUCUGGAUUCUUUCUACCUCAAGGAGCAGACCUUUUAUCAUGUGGCAUCAGACAGCGUAGAAUGCAGGAAUUUUCUAAGUUUCUAUAGCCCUUUCAGCUACUACACUGCAUGUUGCAGGACCAUAAACAGGGGCGUGACAGGCUUCAUUGAUUCUGAACAAGAUGUCUUUGAAACCCCAACCAUUGCAUUUUCUUCCCUUGAGAAGAAAUGUGAGGUUGAUACCACAAGCUCCGUUCCUCACAUUGAGGAGAACAGGUAUCUCUUUCCUGAACUGGAUGUGGAUAGCACAGGCUUCAUAGGCCUGAGCUGCAGAACCAACAAGACCCUGAACAUCUACCUUUUGGAUUCCAAUUUAUUUUGGUUGUAUGCAGAGAGGCUGGGUGCUCCAAGCGCUGCUCGGGUGAAAGGAUUUGCUGCAAUUGUUGACGUGAAAGAAGAGUCUCACUAUGUCUUGGAUCCAAAACAAGCUCUUAUGAAGUUCACCCUAGAGUCUUUCAUUCAAAACUUCAGCGUUCUCUACAGCCCCUUGAAAAGGCAUCUUAUUGGAAGUGACUCUGCCCAGUUCCCAUCUCAGCGUUUAAUCACUGAAGUGACAACUGAUACCUUUUGGGAAGUAGUCCUUCAAAAACAGGAUGUGUUGCUGCUUUAUUAUGCACAGUGGUGCGGCUUCUGUCCAGCCCUCAAUCACGUCUUUAUCCAGCUAGCUCGGCUCCUGCCCGCGGAUACAUUCACUGUGGCGAGGAUUGAUGUAUCUCAGAAUGAUCUUCCUUGGGAAUUUAUGGUUGACCGUCUUCCUACUGUCUUAUUUUUUCCCUGUAACAGAAAGGACCUAAGUGUGAAAUACCCCGAAGACCUUCCCAUCACCCUUCCAAAUCUGCUGAGGUUCAUUUUGCAUCACUCAGACCCUGCUUCUGCCCCUCAGAACUUGGUUAACCCUCCUACCAAAGAGUGUCUUCAGAGAGAGGCCGUCCUGCAGCAGGGGCACAUCUCCCAUCUGGAGCGAGAGAUCCAGAAGCUGAGGGCAGAGAUCAGCGCCCUGCAGCAGGCGCAGGGGCAGGUGGAGGCCCGGCUCUCGAGCACACGUAGGGACAAGCAGCAGCUGCGGCGGCAGCAGCACACACUGGAGAGGCAGCACAGCCUGCUCCAGCUGCACAGCGAGCAGCUGCAGGCCCUCUACGAGCAGAAAACCCGGGAGCUUGAGGAGGUGGCCCGCAAGCUCCAGGAGCUGGCCGAUGCCUCGGAGAACCUCCUCACCGAGAGCACGUGGCUCAAGAUCCUGGUGGCCACCAUGGAGCAGAGAUUGGAGGGCAGGGACAGGGCCGAAGACCGUGCUCCCCUGGAUGAGGUGCGAUCGGACUACCACAAGCCCUCGGGCACCCCCCGGCUAGCAGCCAGCAACUCUCCGCCUUCCAACGUCAGCUCCACGCUGGCCUCCGAAAGGAGCACUGAGAACAGGACAGACUAACUCUGAAAAUGACACAAAGAAAUCAGAGGUGAAGACUGUACAUUGCGAAUAUAUUUAUGCAAAUUUUAUUGAAAUUUAUUGUAAAUAAAGAUUUUCUCAGUGGUCUAGAAAA